AUGAGGCUGGUCCGGGGCCAGGUGCUGGCGCUACGCGAAUCGCAGUUCGUCGAGGCGGCCUACUCCAUCGGGACCAGCACGCCUCGACUGCUUGCGCGCCACAUAUUCCCGAAUGUCGUUAGCCCACUCAUCGUGACCAUGUCGUUCGGCCUCGGCGCAAUUGCCUUGUCUGAAGUCGUACUGAGUUUCUUCGGCCUCAGCGUGCAGGUCGGCAGGCCCAGCCUGGGCCGGAUGAUAGGAGAGACCAUCGGUCGCACAGGCAGCAGCGGGUAUCGUCUGCGACCUCUGAGCAAUUGA